AUGACUCCUGUACGAAAUAAACAGCCACAUAUUGUUUAUGUAAAUGAAGUUGUGAUAGGUGCACCAUAUGAAGUUUCAAAAGACCUAAUGGAACACUUUAAUGUAUCAGUUGUUUGCCAUGGACAAACGUCUAUAAUGCCAUGUGAAAAUGCAUCAGAUCCUUACGCAGAACCUAAAAGACAAAAUAAAUUCAAGAUUUUAGAUAGUGGUAAUGAGAUGACUACUGAAAAAAUUGUGGAGAGAAUCAUUCUUCAUAGGUUGGAAUACGAAAAGAGAAAUUUAAAAAAGGAUAAAUAGGAGCUUGUUGCUUUUGGUGAACUCUCGUAAAAUUUCAAAAUAUUAAGGAAAAAGGAAUUUACAUAUUCUACAACUAUACGUUCAUAACUUUGAAUGUAAAUAAAAUUUUUGAACAGCGUAUUCAUUUUUUCCUUAUUUUAUAUUUUAUAUUUUUAUUGAUAUAUGUAAUUAUUGAUAUAAAAUGAAUCACAAUAACUUGUAAU